AUGGGUAACAAAAACUCAUCAAACUCAAAACCACAUGAUGAGACAACAAAGAUUUCUUCAAUUGAACAUGUUCCAAAAGAAAACAUGAUGAGUUUUCCAACAGAACAAGGGCAUAGAAUCAAAGGUUCGACAACAAUAAGAGAUGAUGAAUACAUAGGGAAACUCGAGGUAGAGACACCACUUGAUAAUGAUGAAACAUUCAACAGUUUCAUUCGACGUGCUAAGCAAAAAAUCCGAACAGUCACAACGUUCAAGUCCGACAUUGAUAGGGAGCAGAGUUGCAAAACUGCAGCAGCACGACCGGAUCAGGAGGUUAAUGUUGGUGACAACAAUUAUAAGGAAAAUCAUCAAAGGGAGCAGUUUGAUGAUUUUAUUCAGAUUGCUAAAAAGAAAAUGAGAGCCACAUCAAGCAUUCGAAAUAAUAGUUUCUGGAAGAAGCCAUGA